ACCUUCACUCCCCCUGAAUUCUUGCAACAGAAAGAACCAAACUCGUUGCCACAACUCUCUCAAACAAAAACAAACCAUCACUGAAAUGGCAGUGGCUGAUGAAUUUGGAGUUCUCACCAAAGCUUUCACAGGACUUGGUGUUGACGAAAAGUCAUUGAUCUCAAUACUGGGCAAAUGGCAUCCAGAGCACAAACAAUCUUUUAGGAAAACAACCCGUGACAUCUUCGUAGAGGAUGAACGACAAUUUGAGAGAUGGGAUGAUCGACAUGUCCAGAAACUUCAACAAGAGUUCUUACGUUUCAAGGAUGCUGUGGUGCUUUGGACAAUGCAUCCAUGGGAAAGAGAUGCUCGUCUGCUAAGGGAGGCGGUGUACAAGGGUCCAAAGUAUGGCAUUCUUGUAGAGAUUGCUUGUACUAGAUCAUCGGAGGAACUAUUAGGAGCAAGAAGAGCUUACCAUUCCCUCUUUGAGCACUCAAUUGAGGAAGACAUAGCUUUCCAUAUCCACAGCUCUGAGAAAAAGCUUCUAGUUGGAUUAGUAAGUGCGUACCGUUAUGAAGGUCCAAAAUACGGUGAAGAAGUAGCAAAAUCUGAAGCGAAAAUACUCAAAAAUGUCAUAAAAGAUGGUGCUAAGAAGCUCCACGAGGAAGAAGAGAUUGUCAGGAUUCUAACUACAAGAAGCAAGCUUCAUCUAAAGGCUGUAUUUAAGCAUUAUAAGGAAACUAGUGGCAAUUAUUUGGACGAGGAUCUUGGUGAUCACUUAAUUCUAAAACAAACAGUUCAAUGCCUUUGCAAGCCAGAGACAUACUUUACCGAGGUUUUGGAUGUUUCCCUUAAAGGCAUUGGGCAUGAUUUUGCAAAAGAAGCCUUGACCAGAGUUAUUGUUACCCGAGCAGAUGUAGAUUUGAAGCUCAUCAAAGAAGAAUAUCAUCACCUUUCUGGGUUUACUCUAUCACAUAAGAUUGAAGAAAUAGCCAAUGGGAACUUCAAAGAUUUUUUGCUUACUUUGAUUGCUAGAGGAGAUCAAGAAAAUUAACCCAACUUCGUGCUCGUGCAUUGCUGUAUCCGUUCUAUCUUUUUUAUCCCCGUCUGGGGUUGACUUGGCCUGAAUUUGCACGUUUACAUGUAUCAUGUAUGAUUUCUAUUGUUACCAUCAAAUGGAUUUUUGUUUUUCAUAAUCACUGAGUAGGUCAAAAGAGGACUCUGAGAAUAUUUCUCA